AUGUUUCAAGCAACAGUGAUGUCAUUCCAAACGAUGAAAUCUCCGAAUCAUCUCUAUAAGGUAUGCAAUGCUAUAAAUAGUUCACGCAGUUAUUGCAUAGAUUGUUCCUUCAAAUCCCUUCCUUUUGUUAAAAAAUUUAGCACACUCAAUUCUGAUACUAUCGAUGAGAUCUUUGAUCUCCAAAACCCUAAUCAGUUUAGUGAAUGUAGCCAAAACCCUGAUGGAUUUUAUAGACAAACUUCGAUGGGUUUUCAGAGAAAUUUAAGUGGUGCUUAUGGGCAGAGCUAUUCCAUGGGUGAUUAUGGUUUCCAUCGUCACAGCCAGUAUAACAUCAAUGGGUCUUAUAAUCAGAAGACUAGUGUAGCGAGUUUUCAAAUCUCAAAGAGGUGUUAUAGUGGCAUAGUAAGUUCUCAAGUGCCAUGUUACUCUCAACCUAAUGAGAAGUCGGAUAAAGCUGGUUUACCUGAGCUGAACAAAGUAUCAGUUGAAAUGCUUGGAUAUCUAUUCUUGAUGAAAGCAUGUGGAGAAUCUCAGGCACUUAAAGAAGCUAAACUUGUCCAUAACCACCUCACAAGGUCAGGUCAUCACCUUGAUGUUCACAUUUGCAACAAAAUCUUGGAAAUGUAUUCAAAGUGUGGUUCCAUGGAAGACGCAUACAACAUGUUUGAUAAAAUGCCCCAAAAAAAUCUUGCUUCUUGGGACACCAUGAUAACAGGGUUUGCUAAAAACGGCCAUGGAGAUGACGCAAUCAAAAUGUUCACCGAAUUCAAAAAGGUUGGAUUAAAACCCAAUAAUCAGAUAUUUCAUGGUAUCUUUGCUGCAUGUAAAAUCAUAGGAGACAUGAAACAAGGGCUAUCACAUUUCAAAUCAAUGACAAAGACUUACAAUCUUGUCCCAUCUAUGGAUGAUUAUGUCCAUGUAGUCGAUAUGCUCGGGAGUUCAGGAUACUUAAAUGAAGCAUUGGAAUUAAUAGAAAAGAUGCCGAUGAAGCCAAGUGCAGAAAUUUGGGAAAUCAUGAUGAAUCAAUCUAGGGUUCACGUGGAUUUAGAACUCGGAGACCGUUGUGCUGAUAUUGUUAAACUUCGGGACCCUUCUCGUUUAGAUAAACAAUCAGAAAAAGGCUUGAUACCAAUAAAGCCUUCAGAUAUUGCAAAAGAAAAAGAAAAAGAAAAAUAUAAAUCAUCAACGUGUCUAAAACAAAACAUGGUAGAAGUUGGAUAUGUAGCCCAGACUAGAUUGGUACUCCAUGAUGUGGAUCAUGAAAGUAGAGAAGAAUAUCUUUUAUCACAUAGUUGCAUGCUUGCUUUAUCUGAAGCACUUUUGACUAGUUCAGCCCGGGCGCCAAUAAGAAUAAUAAAUAACCAUCGUAUUUGUGCUGAUUGUCAUGAUGCGUUGAAGAUUAUUUCAAAGCUGGUUGGAAGAUCAAUCGUUGCACGUGAUGAAAGGAGGUUCCAUCAUUUUGAAAGUGGAGUUUGUUCUUGCAAAGAUUAUUGGUGA